UGAAACUCUGAUGUGACAUUGUGACAAGUGUUUGAAUUUUGGAGUAUAAUACUAGAAUGAAUAUUGAAUAGUGGUUAUACAUCUGAAUUAAGCAGAGCGUUCGUUCGAAUUUCUUGGCAGAAUUAUGUGCCAUAAAAUAGUUUUUUGGGGUUUGUUCGUUAUAAUUACGGCUAAAAACAUCAAUUCAACAUCGAAUGAAGAUUUAUCUGUUAGUAUCAACGAUGAAAUCGCAAAAGUUACACCAAUAUUACCACAAAACGAGAAUUUUAGUGACAUUGAAUCAAAUUCAUCUAAUGCCGUAAGAGCAAGCACAUUCAAUAGUUCUGUGGAAACUUUCAUUGUUCCUAUCGCUAAACCGUUAAAAGAUAUUCAAAUUAUUAGUCCCUCGCAUAAACGUUUUGCUAGGUAUCUCGAUCAGAAUGACAUUCAUGGUGGCAGAUGGGAUGAUUCCGGUCGGCACAUUAAAAUAAUGUUAGAUUUUCAACCGGUGCAGGAUGAAACGGAUCCUUAUUAUAAAGACAGUGUGUACGACGACGAUUAUGAAAUAAAAAACGUAAACGGAUUGGUUGAAGAUAAAAGUUUGGAAAUAGAAAUUGAGAAAAAUUCAAACCCAGUAACAAGAUCUCGAAGUGAAUCACAGGAACGAAAAAGAUGUGCAAAGAGAUGUGACCAAAAUGUUAGUGCUCGGAGAAAUAACAAUCCACAGGAAUUAUCGCCUAAGAAUGUUGAUGAUGAACAAAAUGCUGUAAUUACAUGUAAAGACUGUAAAAUUAUACAACCAUUAAAUCAGCAGAGUGAAAGUAAAAAUACCGAAUCCGAUGAUACAAACUCGACAAAUGUCGAAGAUAAGAAAUUUCAGACAAUUUUACAAGAAUUAAUAAAUGAGCUACGAAAGGCAAAAAAAUCAAAUCGUACUUCAAUUCGAGAAACUUUGUCAAAAAAUGAAGACAAAAAUAUCGAUGAUAAACUAUCAAACAGGUCUUCAGAAGAAACUAUGGUAGUCAAGUUUAAAAACACGAAAGGCGCUAAAAUAAUGGAUAUGUUAAAUUCAAGUCCCGAAAAUACAUUUGUAAAUGGAAAGUGGGUAAGAAAACAAAUUCUAAGAAAUAAAGCAAAUGUUCCAAGUCAACAGCCAACAUAUUUACAACCACAAGACGUUGAAAAUAUAGGUUCAACAGUUGAAUAUUCAAGUAAAACUGAUGAGAACAAUCCAUUGACACCAACAACUGGAAGUAUGGAUGACACUUUAGUAGAUUCAGCGGUUCGAGCCGAUGAAAAUGACAGCACGUUAAAUGAUAAUCCAAGUAAUAUGCCAAUGUACUAUCCCGAAACAACAAUAAGCGACGCAGACUCAGGGAAACAAAUUCUACAUACAGGACAAAAUAGCAAUGAAAAUGAAAGAGAAUCUAGUCUAUAUGAUUAUCCGAAUAACGACGACAUGGAAAGCGUAAUUAUAAACGCAGAUUCUAGUUCGCUAGAGGAAGAUAGAAGUUCUCUAGAACAUGAAUUGGAACGCGAAUACCAUGAAAAUAAAUUUAAAAAUAUUGUGAGUUCAACGACAAUAAAAAAUUUUACAGAAAUAAAAUCAAACACCUAUACGUCACCGAAUAAACAUAAAAUACAUAAUCAAAAAUUUCUUGAAAAUAUUGCCAAAAAACUCAAUAGUAACAAAAGUUCAGUGAAUCAUAAUAACAAAAAACCUAUCGACACCAUACAAAAAACCAAAAAGAAAUCAGAAAAUCAGAAUGGUAGAAAACCAAUGCUACCCGACGAUUUAUCAGUGUACGAAAAUACAGAAAAUUCGGAAAAUCUAGCCGGUACGAGAAUUUUUGAUGAAAAUUUUAGCACAACUUCCGAUGAACACAAUAAGCCAAACAAUAGUGCAACUACUAAUCAGACGCCAACUAGAAAUAAAAAUAAUAGUAAUAAUUCAAAAAAUACUUUACCAUUGAGCAGGAGUUCAGAAGAUAUUAUUGAAAUACUUAAAACGCUUACAAAUAAAUCUAUACAAACAACAUCUUCUCCAAUACCGCUAGAUACACCUGAAGAUUCUGACAAAUAUUUAACUAUGAAAAUACCUAGAAGUUCGAAACUUUUAUUAAAAUCGUUGUCUUCGCCUAAACUUGACGAGCAUUUAGACAGAACUUCUGAAGAGAAUGAUGAAGGAAACGCAGUCACAGAAAAAUCUUUAGUAAAAAAUAAUAAAGCUAAAAAUAAGUCUAUAAAAACUACUCUUGAACCAUAUAAGGAUGAAGAGACAAAAAGAAAUCCAAAAGUCUUGGAGAUAUUACAACGAAUGAAAAGUUUAAAUGGACCACUUGCAAAUUUACAUUUAGAAAAUGAAUCUUCUGAAAAGAGUAAUGGUGAUAGCAAAGCAAUUAAGGAUCUGACUUCAACGUCCCAAAAGUUAUUAACUAAAAAUAAAUAUAAUACCCAAUCAACAGGAAAGUUAAGUCAACUAUCGCUGAAUGAACCGAUCGAAAGUAUAGAUGAAGAACAAGAAACUAUAAAGAAUAAAAAACUUUCAAACCCAUUUUUGAAAUCAUUGCAACCAUUUAAUACAGAAGAAUUAUUAGAUGACAACAAAAAACUUGGCAAAACUACAACGAACCAAAUAUCACCAAUUGAACAUAAAAAUAGCACAAAAAAGUUAAAAAUCGUUAAUCCAACAAUUUCCAAUAAAUUAAAAAGUUCGGAAAAUGUAACAAGUAAAAAACCAUAUAAAGUUAAUUCAAACCGGUUAACUCCUUUAGCGUCAGAACCAAAAUUAAACAACAGUGAUAGUGCUGAAGAGAAUGCAGUUACAAACAAAACACCAAUUUUCGUAAGGAAGGCCCCAAAGAUCUUACUAAAGCCACUGGAGAAGUCUGCAUUACCUACAGAAGUAUCUAAAUCUAAACUAAAGCAAAAGACUAAUCAUAAUAAAAGGGUCAACUCAAAUUGUAGUGAAAAUGGAAGUUGCAAUAAGUCUGAAGAAGAAAACAAAGAUAUUGCUAUUAAAGAAAUUAUUACAAAACAAAAAGAAAUAACUGAAACCGUUCUUACAAGUAGUAACAAAAAUCGUUUUGAUAACAAAAGAAGAUACUUAACAGAGACAGAAAGAGGUACGUAUGAUAAUACUAAAAGAAAUCCAACACCUAGUAUACUGAAAUAUUCAGACCGUCUAAAUGAUAAAUCUUCCGAAAUCGGUAGGAAUAGUGAUAAUACCGAUGUUGCAAAAAAGAGCCAUACAACAAAAAAACAAUUUACAUCGUUACCAAAUGUAGCCCAAGAGAAAUCGCCUGAAGAUAGUAGUAAUACAAGUGAGCAAAAAAAACAAAAACUGAAGACUUCAACGUCACUAGUAUUGGAAAAAUCUUCAGAUAUUAUGUCUGAUGACGGCAAAACAAAUGUGUACACAACAAAAGAUGGGAGAAAACAAGUUAACAACGGGGUUUUACAGAACCCACAAGAAGAAAAUGAUGAUAUGACUAACAAAACACAAAUAUCUCAGAAAACAAAACCUAAGACGAAAAUAAAUGCUUUAUCAAAGUCUGCACCUACAUUAAAAUUAGACGCACAAUUGAACAAAGAUCCAGAAGAAAUUACUCGAGUAAACGAUUAUGUUACCACAGAAGUACCUAUCAAAAGUAAAAAGCUUACGAAAUUGCCUAAAAAGUCUUUGAUUAAAACCAUGUCAAUAACAACAACUAUACCGUCUCAAGAGGAAUUCGCUGAAAAAUCGUAUGAACAUUCAAAUGCUAAAAUUUUGAGACCAUUAUCAAAAGCAUUGUCUCCUUCAAAACUUAAUAUACACUCAACAAGUAAUCACGAAAACGAUCUUAAAGUAAAUGCUACUAAACCAUCAAAAAUAAAUAUGAAAACUUUAAUAGCAUCCAAAAAGCUUUCCAAUAAAAUUGCAACAACUACUUCACCUUCUCCAUCCUCACAAGAAACAGGCGAAGAUACAAAUGAAUACUUAGCUACAACAAAAUUGAAAUUAUCAUCAAAUUCCAUAUAUUCCUCCAAACCUGAUUUACACUUAAAACAAACAGACGAAGACAAUACUAAUGUUAACGAUAAAAGUGCAAUGAAGAAGUUCACUGCUGUAAAUCCAAAAAUUGCAACACCUUUACUGGCACACAAGGUAGCUGAUAAUAAUGGUGUUUAUGUACCCAAAAAACUCUUGACAAAAAUAAAAUCUAAAUCAGAACAUUUAAAUUUGGGAAUUAUUUCUACUAGCAAUAGCGAAGAGACACCUGAAACUAAUAACGAUGAUGUUCUGAAAAAAAAUUCAAAUACAAACAACCUAUUAUCGAAAAGGCCUUUAAACAAAUUUUUAAUAACGACACCAAUUCCGUUUUCACGAGAAAACCCUGGUGAUAGCGUUAUUACAAAAAUCUCAAAAAAGUCGAAACCAUUAUCUUCAAGUAAAUUACAUUCUAUAACGAUGUCUGCUCAACCGACACAAUUUAUCCCUGAGAUUGAUAAAUAUUCCGAUGAAACUACCAACGAUAACAACGACUAUAAAACCACUAAAAAAAUGGCCAGAAAUAAAAAAAUAAGUAAUGCUGAAUUGCUACAAUUAAAUUCGCAGGUCUUACCAAAUGACGUAACAGAAGAAAUAGAAAUCGAAACAACUAAAAAACCACCAAAAAUGUCAAUUUUAAGAUCAAAAUCUUUUCAACCAUUUAGUGUGGAUAAAGAUCCCAACGAUGAGUUAGUUGAAGAUAAAAGCAUAUAUGAUACAGAAAAUAAUCAACCAUUAAUUUCUGAUUCUAAAAAUGAAGAACUUUACAUUCCUGAAGAGCCAAUAAAUAUGGACUCACCAAAUGAAAGCUAUCCAGAUGAAAUUUCCAAUUAUAAUUACGAUGCCGUGGUUGAAGAAAAUGAAAAUGCCGUGACUUUUGAACCAGAGUCUAUUGACAAACCAAUGAUAUCUGAAGAAAAUGUUAACUCAUCUGUUAAGAAUGUAUCAAAAUUAAAACCAAAAUUUAUUUCAUCAGCCGCCGCAAUUAGAGAUCGUUUGCAAUCGUAUACUAGUAAUAAAUCUAAACCUACAUCACAAAUAACGUUGCGAAACCAAAAUACUAAACAAAAAGCUGAAGAAUCACGCUAUAAUUUAAAAUUUAAGUCAUCGAACACUCCAAAUUUGAUAACUAAAUCACCUACACUGUCUUCAAAUAAACUAGAUAGCGAUGAACAUGCACCGUAUAAUGAAGAAGAUUUAACACCAAUACGAUUUGAGGAAUUAACUAAAAAAUCACUGCUACCAAAUACAAACGCUAGGGAAUAUUGGUCCGCUUCUGGUAACUCAGGAAACGGCCCGAGACCCUAUCAACCCACUCCAGUUCUGAAUCACGAAGAUCAUUAUGGUUAUAAUCAAUAUAACAAAAAUUAUUGGCGAGGAACCAAACCGAACUUAGAAUCCAGUCAAAAUGAACAGUCGUCGAAUAAUCAUGCGCUUGAAUCUUCAUUAUCCAGUCAAAUACUGGACGAUAGUAUGGAUAAUGUCCAAGAUUCAAAAAAAAAGUUAUCUUGUCAAAGUAGACUGGAGGUAUUACCACAAGUGAAAGUCCUAAACGGCGUGUUCAAAAUCCCGUUGGUUGGACGCAAAGUCUGCGAUAGUGAGAAUUCUGGGCAUAUUUCCGACAUAUUCGUGCCAGUUGAUAAAUCAAAUGGACAACAUUCAGCUAUAUCCCUUACUAAAUUAUUGACUGGUGAUUUCCGUUUAGUAAAUGGACAUAACGAACAUUCACUUGCAAUGGAACCAGUGUCGGAUAAUGUUGAUCAUUCAAACAUGGUUCAGUUGCCUAUGGACGACUCUAAUUCUGAUUCUGACAAACAAGCAAUAAAUUCCAUUGCACCCAGAGAUAUUCAAAGUAACAAAGAAAACAACCAAGAACCAAUACCACCCAUACACAUAAUACAGAUUAUAAAUAACGAUUUGUACUUAGGCACACCAAACGACACUAGACAAUUACCGCAAUCCGGCAGAAACGACGAGGAUGAUUUGAAUAGAACCCGUAAUUCGAAUCUACGCUUAAUGUUAAGUAAGCCUCAGAUUAGAACCUACGUUCACAAUGGACAAAAUAACGAGGAUCUAGAUAAUUCGUAUAACUACUUCGAUUCCGAAAUUUUGGAUAAAGUCUUGAACGUGUAUGCACCACACAUGAUAAAAUCCAGAGAAGGGUACCAGAUUUCCGGCGAAAACGAUGUUGUACCAGAAAACCCCAAGGAAUCCAAUGCACAUGAUGGUCAUUGUCCUGUUUGUCAUGUUGAUCCUAAAACCGAACACAAAGCUGAUUCAUCCAAAAUCGAAAAUGAAGAUGACAUUGAAAAACAUGUUCGAAGUGAAGCUUCUUCAGGUUGUCCUGUAUGCCACAAAAAAGAGCGAGAAACGACUUUAAAAGAAAUGCCAGAUCAGCAAGAGACUCGAGUGAAAAUGCACCAAGCGGAUACCAAUCAAGAAAUAGAAAAUGAAUUCGAUCCAAAUGAAAAACCAAUAAUGAGCUCUCGCGUAAAAAUGCUCACUGAUAUGCUCGUAGCCAUGAAACAUUUAUCCAGCACACAACCCUAGUGACAUCAUCAAGUACAAAUGAACCAAUAUUUAAGGUAAUUCUAUUUCAUAAGUGAUAACAAUUUAUGUACACAUGGCGUGAACUUAUUAUUUUUAAGAUAUAGCUAAAUUAUAAUUGAGAAAGACUUUAAAAAAUGUUAUCUUAUUUUU